GUUCGUUAUCGGCGGGGGUCUCACCUCGCCGCACGGGGGGAUUAGCUCGCGCGCGUUUCACUUCCACACGUACACUCUCUCUUUCUCGUGGUUUCGUGAGUCGCCCGAAUGCUGGCCCGGUCGCGUCAAUCUGUUGCACUUGGCGCGGUCGAGGGUGCGUGCCGUGCCGGCGUGUCGGCCCCGCGCUCAAAUCUUCCUUAACCCCUAGCCUAUACCGUGGACCUUUGUGAAUUGUUUAAUUGCGCGUGAUCGUUUAAUUAGGAGGCAAUUAGCGUGCGUGAUUUGACAGUUGAUGGAAUGUAUGGUUCCAAUUGUAUAUGUGUGUGUGUUUCGGAUAUCGUUUCAGGCACGACCGUAUCGCCAGGAUGCCUCGGGUGAGGAGACAAGUGAUCCUGGAGGAUCCGGCCAGGCCGGUUACCCCGGACAUGGUGGAGACGAAGCUGUUGAAGGCCGAGUUCCUGGAUGACGGUUCUCUAGACGAGAUCCAACCUCCAAAAGUGGCGGAGGAGACGCCAAGCCCUCAUCUGCAGGAUCACCAGUAUGGGCAGACGCCUUGUUAUCAGAUGACGAGGAAACCUGCGCAACCACCACCAAGAGCUGAGAUAUCAGUUCAAGCGGUAAAAAGAAGACUGAACUUGGAGGUGGGGACAACUGGUCCCAGCCAGUCCGCCUUCAAAGCACCCCGGGGUAAACGUAGAAGAUCCGGCUCGAAUUCUCUAGCUGGUCACACACCUACCAAAAGUAAAACUGUAGAGAGGACACGGUACGACACGUCUUUGAGCUUACUCACGAAGAAGUUCAUUCACUUGGUCGAGAGUAGUCAGGACGGCGUGGUGGACUUGAAUAUAGCGUCGGAGAAGCUGGAGGUACAAAAACGUCGUAUAUACGACAUCACUAAUGUUUUAGAGGGCAUCGGUAUCUUAGAGAAGAAAAGCAAAAACAAUAUCCAGUGGAAGGGCGGUCAGUUACCGAACAAUCGGAAUGACAUCGCCAAUCUCAAAAGGGAGGUCGCGGAUUUGGAGGCUAAAGAGAAUACCCUGGAUCAGUUGAUUCACGGUGCCGCUAAGAACCUCCGUGAAUUUACCAACGCAGACAGACAAUACGCUUAUGUGACGUAUCAUGAUUUACGUUCAGUCUCAAUGUACAAAGACCAAGUUAUUAUGGCUGUGAAAGCCCCGAGGGAAUCCUCCCUCCAUGUCCCACAUCCGAUCGAUAACAACGGUCAACAAAAGCUUCAAAUGCACAUGAAGUCGGAACAUGGAGAGAUAGAUGUAUUUCUGUGUCCUGAUGAACCUACAGUCAAAACGUUACCCUAUGCCGGGUACGUGACAACGCAAUCUGUGCCUCAAUCAAAAGAAUCCGAUAUAUCUUGUUUGCCUCCUGAAUUGUUGGUUAAUCGAGAAAGCGACGUGCGAAUCGAUCCAGUACCUACCGCUGACGAGAGUUUCAUAAAUACUCGUUUGAGUACUCCUAUAAUAACUGCAGUUACCAGUCUAUCGAGCAUGAAGGAUGCCUUCUUAUGCGAAUCCGAUGAUUAUGGACCAAUGGGCGGUGGCAAAUUCCAACUCCAAACAGAGGACCAAAUCAGCCCAGAUCUGAGUACUCUCGAUUUUGGAGAACUAUUAACUUUGGAGCCGCCUCUCUCCGAAAACGACUACUCGUUCUCGUUAGGCACCGAGGAGGGUCUUUCGGAUCUCUUCGAUUUUAAAUUCUAGGAAUAUCGCUUAUAUUGCACGAGCAUUCGUGUCGUUUUGGGCUGCUCCUCAAAUGAACGGAAUCGUCUCGUCAGUUUUACAAUGCGCCUUCGCGUUACGCAGUGGUGGAUGGUUAGCAGUUUCGUUCCGCGCGUCGAUCUUCGUGAGAAAUCGCGAGCAUGCAAAAAUCUUUUUCUUUAUUUAUUGUUUCUCAUACAUGUUUCCUCAAACACGCAAUUUUCUAUCUGGAGUAUUUUCCACACUUUUUGUACUUACAAAAGUAAGUACAAAGGGAGUUAAAAGAAUGAUAAACGUGAGAUAAUUGAGGCACGCUUAGGUGCAAUUUCAUAAAUUUUAUACUGCAGAAAUCAAAGACAGAUUAUGCAAAUUGCAGAAUGCCUUAUAUUUUUUUGUAGAAUAAUAUUAUACUUGUCAAUUUAUUAUUGUUCGUCACAGAUAAAAUUAUAAGGAAUGUUAUUGAUAUUACCUGCAUCAGAAAAUUUUAACCUUUUUUUUGCACGCACGUUUCAUCUCGGAAUAUCUCGUGGUUGUAUUUUAAUUUUUUAUUGUGGAUCAGAAACUCUGAAUGCGAAAUAACUGAGAACCGCGAGACACAGGACAAACAUAUCACAAUAUUUUUAAAAUAGGUGUUUCCGGCUUGAUAUACGAUUUGCGAUGAUCACGUUUGCGGAAUGGAUUGCAAAAACAAAGAGGCAGGAGAGGGUUGAAAAGAUAAAAGAAUGUACGCGUUGUGUGUAUUAGUGUGUUUGUGUAUUUGUAUGUGUGUGCGCCUGCGUAUGUGUGUAAGGAAAGAAAAAGAGAAGGAUUGAAAGGCGAAGGCGCUUUUUCGUGCAAUCUGUAAUAAUAUUGUAAAUUGAACUAAGAGAUAGAAGAAAAAGUGUAUGUGGGAAUUCAGAGAGAGGACAGACUGUACUCGUGUCGGACAACGAUCUAAUUGCUCUUCGUAGUUGUCCAAUUGCAAAAUGAAUGAAUGAGAUGGUUGAAGUCAUCGAAUUCUUUCUGGUACGAAGUUUUGUUUGACGGUGAGAGAAAGAUGGAAAAAACGAGAAUGUGAGGAUCACUUUGCGUGCGCGUGCGAAAUGCGACUGUGUGCGUAUAUUAUUGGGACUCGGAUGAUUUCCCACAUUAUAUGCAACAGUAGAAUCCUCCCCCUCGCGGACGAUGUAUGUUUUUUAAUGGAUACAUAUUGCCUUGUUAAUGAAUCGUUCGACAGUAUGGUAAUCUUAUUUCGCAGUACUUUUGUAACUCUGACCGGUCGAGAAAUGGCAAAUCAAGAUAAAUAAACGUCCGUUUUUCAUUUUAAAAACAUUAUUUUAUUCCUCGUUAUUUAUAGAUGGGAAAUGUGAAACACGAUAAGUAGUCGUUUUACAAAUUGUGUUUCUAGCCGAUUUAUAGGAGAAGUAAAAAACGCUGAUUAGCUUUUUAUUAGUGUCACGGGGACGCACGUCAGAUAAAGUUAAAACAUACAUAUAUACAGAGUGGCGAAAAAUGAGUGAAAGAUCUUAAACUAUAUUGUCAUAUUUAAAUGCGCGUUUAAUCCCAAUUCGCAACAAUCAUAUCGUCUAAGAUCCUGAGAUUUAAGACACUAUAUUCUGGACUUGAUCACGGGAUUCUUUUUUAAAGAGAUUUUCUUGCCGGUGUGAACAUUUGAAUAUUGUCGAGUAAACGCAGUGCUGGAAUUGUUUUAUCGAGCGAGGUUUCAUAUUUAGAGACACUUCUUCUUGUUCCUCGAGAUCUCAAGGAUAUAAUGGAAAAAUUUGCAAGUCCCUCAAAGGAUGUACCCUAAUGUACAACUUGGUGUACGUCCAAAGCCAUAGUGCCUACACAAAAUAAUGAUCAUACCCUUCUGCAAUUGUAAAUACUUUACAAGAAAUAAUUAUACAAAUGUAAGCUCGCAUCAUAAAUAUACGUAUGUAUACAUUAUAUACAUCCCACACACAUGCACAUAUAUAUGUAUACUUAUAUAUGAGCGUGUAAAGAAUAUAACAAAUGAAUAGACAUUGCGAACAUUUCGUUAUAUGUAUGUAAUUAUAUCGUAAAAGUACGAAUUAGUUUUAAUAUUAUUAUUAUUAUUAUUAUUAUUAUUAUUAUUAUUAUUAUUAUCAUUAAUUAUUGAAACGUAUUAAAAAUAAAACAAAAUAUUAGUUUAUAAUUUCAUUUAAAUAUGUAUGUAUAUAUACACAUAUAUAUGCGUACAUGUACAUGUACGCGUAGUGUGUAUUUACAUUUAUAGCGAAGGGACGUUGUGCAGGAUAACGAGAUUGCUUGUUGCAUUAAAUGCAUAUUAAAACUCGAAUUAAAAAUUGAAUGUUAAAUAUAUUAACAGUAAUGAAUAAUUUAAUUUAUUGUAUGUAAUAUUUUCAUGAUCUGUGGUGCGAUAAUUCCAUGGGAUUUUAUCUUUUUUAAGAUUAAGGAGACAUUAAUUCGGAUACAACAGUUUUUUAUUGGAUUAGAUUUUUUUCGAAAUGUCUCAAUAAAAUCGGUAUAUUAUUCGCGUUGUUACAAAUGUUACGAAAAAAAGUACGUGCAUAUGGAAAUGAGGAGACGGUUAAUGAUGUGACCUAAUCAAUAUCGCAAUUGCAGAUUGUUACUUUGCACAAUGUUUGCCGCGCUCCCGUUCGCGAUGGCCGGGAGGAAUUGUAUUAAUCCUGUUUUCAUUUUCCAUUUACACUAACCAACAUCGAGCGCUUUUUUUAUAUGGUCACGAAAAGACGACGAGAGGUUGAAUAGGAAAGUGGAGUAUACGUGUGUUGAAUAUGAAAGUAUGUGAGAGAGAAAGAGAAAAAAAGAGUGUGUGAACGCGUGAAAGGAAGAUUUAUUAGUUCGCCAUCGUGAGUAGUGUAGAUUUUGUGACAACGCGUUUUACGUAUACGCGCUUCUUUCGAUCAGUAUAUAUUUGAGAGACUGUUCGAAAUUGAUGGCAAACACGAUUAAACUGAUCGAUCGAUCAGAGGAGAAAUUUGGAAGCUGAAAAAGAAACAGAAGAACAAAAGAAGAUAUCGAUGUAUCAUUACCACGAACGAACAUUUUGUCACGUUUUAAUGGGUCCAGCCCACUAAAAGAACACCGCAGAGAAGAAAGUUGCAAAAUAUAAUCUUAUGUAACAUCGUA